AUGGUCUUAUCAUUUUGGGCUGGCGGAUGUUGGCUAGUGGAACAUAGGGGCACUUUGGAAAACGGAGAAUUACUGGGGUACAGGGAUUUUCAAAUACUACAUCAGUUUGGCCAUUCCCUAAAAGAGAUAUCUAGGAUACUGGGGAUUAUGUACAGGCAGGCACAAUAUGCAGAUUCAUGUGAGUGGGUUACACCAAAGAAGCGCCUAGUUGAUGAGAUAGAGCUAUUCAUUGUAAGCUCACAGGUUGGAAGACUGCUCCCUUACCAUGAGCUUGCCCAGAGCUGGGUUCAGUCAGGGAGGGACAGAAAACAGUGGGUUACCUGCAAAUACGAUGAGAAGCUUCACUCUAUCUAUGUGAUUAUCAGGCAUCAGAGGAAGCAUGGGUGGAUGUUCUGGGACUCUUUUCACUCAAACGUGAAAGGCUCUAGCCUGUUCUGGGAGAAGGAGUGGGGAACUAUUACUGGAGAGGCCUAUGCUGCACGGAUUCUGCCCAUCAUGGAAAGCUAUAUCUGGCACUACUAUGGAGGAACCCUUAUCUUCAUGCAAGAUAAUGCGCCUGCCCACAAAUACUAUCUCACUAUGCAGGAGCUUGAGCAUGCAAAGAUUAUGAAGGAUUAUAUUGAGCUCAAAACAGGCCCGAAUGGCAACCUCUCCUAUCUAGCACUGAGAGCGUUUGUUCAGAAGGCCUGGGAGAUUGUUCCAUCUCAGCUAUUUGAGAAUCUAAUUCAGUCCAUGCCGGCUAGGAUGCAAGCCGUAAUUGAUGCCCAGGAUGGCCACACAAAGUACUGA